CAUUGAACAUGCGUAUACGUGGACGUUUCAAAAACCUAACAGAAACAUUGUCAAACCGAAAAUAAACUCGGUUUACAACAACAACACUACACGUUUGGAUGCAAAGGACAUUAUUAAGUUCCAUAAGCAGGAAUGGGCAGACAGUAGAAGAUGCACAAAUGUUGACGUGACCACUGGCACAUACAAGUAAAAUGGAGGACAUAAGAAAACGACUGGAGCUGGAAAAUCCGUCAGUACAGAUACAGGCUGCCUGGAAGCUCUACCAGACUAUCCUGAAAACAACAACCCCGGAAAGACCGCUGCUGAAUUUAACAUCGCCCGAGGUUAUAGAUGUGAAACUGCUAUUAGACCAUUGUUCCGAAGGCGACGACGUGGUCGUGAAAAGCUGCUGCGGUAUCCUCGUACAACUGGUGCAUGCUGGGAAGGCUGAGUUUACAAGUGCUCUCAAUGGUUUCCUGAACCUUGUGCCUUCAGCUCGGUGAGUGGAAAAAAAUAUCAUCAGUACAGUAUUGUUUCUUAACCAUGUUUACAUACAGUUCAGAUAUUUUAUAGUGGUUUAAUGCUUAUUCCCAAGAAUAUUUCACUUCAAUAUUUUUGUAUCUCCGGUG